AUGAAGCAGAGCGUUCAAUUCUCUCUUCUCUUGGCCGGCAGAGCCGCCAUGGCGCAGAGCGUCAUCCAGAGAAGCGUUCAGCACUUUGAGAGCCUGGAUAGCGGACCUUUUUUGCCGUUCAUCACAUUUGGCUUCGGCACGCCUGCACAAGAUAUCACAGGCAUCUUCGACACGGGUUCCUCUGAUGUCAUUAUCCCCGAGGCCGGCAGUGCCGUCUGUAAGCUCAAAACCCAGCAGUGCACGGCGCCGGCGCCCGUUGUCCGCGGCCAAUUUGACCCCAAGGCUGCAUCCGACUUCAAGCCCCUCGACGGGCAGAGCUUCAAUGCCACCUUUGCCGGCGGCGACCAAUACGAUGGCAACUACAUUGAGACGACUGUUACCCUGGGCGAUAAUGGGGAGGGCUUGGUACCUAACGCGCAGGUCGCGUUGGCAACCAACAGUAAGCCGCAAAGUGGCCUACCCCAGGUUCCCGUGUUUGGUCUAGGGCCCCAACCCCUCGAAGCGACUGAUAACAAGUAUGACAACUUGCCCAAGAAGACUCAGGAGUCUGGCGACAUCAAGAAUCAGGCCUACAGUUUUGUCGCCAACCGGAUUCCAUUGGCAAACGGCAGUGUCUUUUUUGGUGGUAUUGAUCGCUCCAAGUUUGAGGGCGAACUGAAGGAGGUUCCUCUCGAGAGAGACAACAAGGGCGAAGUCUCGGAGUUCGUGGUGAAAAUGAGCUCCGUGACGCUUGUCUUAGGAGCGCAAGGCAAGACCAACGGGUCACGCCAACAACAGCGCGAGCGCGAACGUAUGAAGCGAGCACCCUGGAACAGAGCCAUCAAGCCUGUGGGUGCGAGCAGGACCAAAGGUCUUUACGUCAGGGCACAGGGCGAAAGCGUCGAGAAACGAACAACGACGGCGUGGGGCAGAGAGAGCCAGGCCGCCAUGGAGGUCGAGAUUGAACGCCUGAGUAGCCAGAAGCGAAGGGGCAACAACGGCGGCACGCAGUGUAACUGUCAGGCAAACGACGGCAAGGGUGACAACAACCGCGACAACAACCGCGACAACAACCGCGACAACAACCGCGACAACAACAGCGACAACAACAGCGACAACAACAGCGACAAUGACAGAAGCAACAACGGCGGUAAGAACGGCGAUAAGAACAGGGGCGACAACGGAGGCAAUAAUGGAUGUAACAACGGAGGCAACACUGGAGGAGGCGACGGAGACAACGGCGGCGACGGAGGCAAGGGCGGCGACGGAGGCAAGGGUGGCAAAGGAGGCAAAGGAGGUAAAGGAGGCAAAGGAGGCAAAGGAGGCAACUCUGGGGAUGAGAUAGACCUCGGGCUCGACCCCCGUGACGGUUUUACCCUCAUGGAUACAGGUGGCGUCGCGGUCGCUCUGCCGCCGCCAGUACUCUCCAAGAUGGCCCAGGCGCUCGGCACCACCUUUUCCCAGGAUGGCCUCGGCCCUGUCGAAUGCGACCGGUUGAGCGGCGAUGCGGCCCUCGUCAUGCGCUUCAACGACGAUGCUGUCGAGACCCGCGUCCCCCUCGCCAACAUGCGCAUCUCCGAGGCGCUCGCGGAUCCGGCGCUCACGAGCCAGGGCCUCUGCGAGCUGGGUGUCCGACCUGUCGAGGAGGGCGGCACCAGCGUCGCCACGCUGCCCUUCUUUGCGGCCGUGUACACCGUCUUUGACCUGGACAACAACAGGCUGUUCUUUGCGCAGGCCAAGGGCGACCCCAGCGCACCCGGCGGCCAGCUCGAGGAGUUCCCAAAGAACUCAAAAGGCAAUGGUACAGCCAAUUUUGUAUAG